CUUCCCGGAAGCCUCGGGCCCAGCGGGGGGGGGGGGGAAGAGAGAGGAGAGAGAGAGAGACCACGCGGUCGGUCGGGCGAGCGGGCUGGUGGUCAUGGAGGCAGAAUAAGGACUGAUCGGCUUUAGAACUAGGGAUUUUCAUCCAGCUCAAUCAUGGGUGAUUUUCUGAAAGAGGAGAAGAAAAAAAGAAGAAGAUGACAGUACCGACCACAAGCAAAGGGCUGGAAUUUGCAAAGGAGCAGUUGAAGAAGCAUGGAUGGAAAAAAGGUAAAGGACUUGGGAAAAAAGAAAAUGGGAUCGCUGAAGCAUUAAAGGUCAAAAUAAAAUGCAACACAGCUGGGGUGGGGCACGACUCAGCUGAGGAGUUCACCUAUCACUGGUGGGACCAUCUCUUCAACUCGUCUGCUGCCAACAUUACAGUAGACUCUGAACAGGAUGGGGUCCAGGUGAGAAAGCUCUCUGAGCGGGAGGGGCCAAUCCCAAGGACAAAGCCAUGCCGAGCCCAGGAGGGGGACAUGCUCUACGGCCGCUUUGUGAAGGCAGCCACCCUGAUAUCUGGCACAGAGGAGCCCACAAACCCCUUGGCCUCCACAGACCAGGAGGAGGAGAAACUGGACCUCUCCACGGCAAGGAGGCUGACUGACCAGGAGCUGUUCCAGGCCUGUGGGGGAAGAACAGUCCACAAGGGAGCUCGGCACGGCAUCACGAUGAGGGCAAAGCUCGCCCGGCUGGAAGAGCAGGAAAAGGCUUUCUUGGCUAGCUCUGUCCAGCAGAAGGCUGGGCCAGGGACGACCCCCAGUGGCUGCCCUGACCCCCAGCACCCACCGCAAGCCAAGAAAUAUAAAAGAAGCAAAAGGGGCUGCUACAGAGAAGAGCCAGCUAGUGGAAGCUGCGCCAAGGCCAAGAAGAAGAAGAAGGUGAAUGGCAAGGAGCAGAAUGGGCACUAAGGAGGUGGCAGGCUGAACGUGGCAGCCAGAGGAGCAGAACGGCUGGGGGCUUCAGCCCUGCACGAGCCUCACUCAUUUUUUCGAUCCUUGUCUUGUCCAGCAAAGGACUGGCUGAUCUCCUCCACUAAGGAGUGCUUGAGGUUGAAAAGUGUACAGAUAAGUAUAUAUUUUUCAUAAAUAAUAAGACAUCUACACAGAA